AUCAUCUUCAGCAUCAACAGUAUCAUCCUCAUUAACAUAAAGAGUUAGGCUCCGCCCACUUGCUUCAUUAACAUAGAGUUAGGCUCCACCCACUUGCUUCAUUAACAUAAAGAGUUAGGCUCCACCCACUUGCUUCAUUAGCAUAAAGAGUUAGGCUCCGCCCACUUGCUUCAUUAUCAUAAAGAGUUAGGCUCCGCCCACUUGCUUCAUUAACAUAAAGAGUUAGGCUCCGACCACUUGCUUACCAAGCAACCAGAUCAAAGGACGGAAUUUGAUGACAUCACACAGGUCUGAUUAGCUUGAGGUUUGUUAGACAUAAUUUCAGUGUAGUCAGACCAGCAUCAGAGGACUUAAUCGCAGAGUUUGAUCUAAUCUUAACACAGAUUUAGCCAUGGUUUACUACAGUUACGAUAAGUUAAAAAAACAGCUAAAGAUUACCAAAGAAUCCUUUGAAAACUUCAAAACUGUAACAAUUGAAAGAGAAAAUCUUUUGAAACAACAGCAUGAUUGCGAAAUCAACAAAAUGACUGAAGAAAUUAAGGAAGCAAAUGAUAAAAUACUUCAAUUGGAAGCAGAUUAUGAACAUCUGAAAAAUCAGUUCAAGGUUUGUGAUAGAACAAGAGAAUUAUACAUGUUAACCCUUUUCAAAAUUAGGAAUGACUACGAAGACAUCCACAUAAACCUGAACGAUAUCACAGAGCAAAUGGUACAGUUUCCACGUGAAGACGUUCAGUAUAUUCAAAGAAUCCAUGAUCUUGAAAUAGGAUUUAAGGAAGCAGAUUCUGAUGCUACUAAGAUUAAAGUAGAUUAUUUGGAGGCUAGGGAUCAAACCAAUAAACACAUCAAGCAAAUCAAAGGCCAACGUGAAACCAUAUUAGCUUUGAAAAAGCAACUAAAAGACAUAACAGUUAAUGAGGAAUUGCAUGAAAAAAUAGAACAAGAUAACCAAAAACUGCAGAAGGAAAAUAAGGAACUGACAGAGACAUAUCAUAAAUACAAUGAGAUAGUUCAAAUACAUAAUAAACUCAAGACAGAGUUGGAAGAGAAAGUACGAGAAAAGGACAAGCAAAUAGCUGAACUUACGGAGCAAAAUGAAGCGGCCUUUAAUGAGAUUGAUUAUCAUAAAAAGCACAUCAAAUAUAGAAAAGGACAAAACCAGAAACUAACAGAUGAGCGGGACAAGUUAAAAAAUGAAAACAGACAAAUGAAAAUUCAAAUUCCCCAAAUGAAAAGUGAGAUUAGUGAAAAGAAAGCUGAGCUUCAUCAAAGUAUGCUUGAGCUUGACCAGAUGAGAAGUCAAAACGACCUUAUGAAAAACGUAAUUACAGAAAAGGAGACUGAAGAGAAAAGGCUCCUGACCAAGUUGCAGAGCUACCAGAAGUCCUGCCACAAGUUGGACACCGACCUUACACAAGCUAAGAACACAAGCCUUAAACUGAAAAAAGUAAAUAAAAAGCUGGAAGAAGAAAAUACUGAGCUGGUAAAAGAAAAGAGAGAGCUGGAGGGUAACUUGCUUGAAGCUCAGACAGAAAUUAGUGAACAGAAAAAGGAAAUAGGGAAACUGCUGGACGCCCAUUUGAAGAUAGUUGAUGACAAAGAUAAAGAGAUUUCAGAUCUGAAUGAAAUUAUAGCAGGGAUCUAUAACCCGGAGCUUCAGCGAAUAAAGGCUAAAAAUAAAUCAGAAUUUCGUACCGAGCGAAUAGUAGAUAUGAAAGUUAACAUUGCUCGUGAACUAAGAGAUUUUGAAGAUGAUUUGGCUAAAGUAGUGGAGGAAGUACCACGGGUGGUGAGUCAGUUUGGAAAUGAAAUAAUCCAAGAUCUUCAACAGAAAGCAGAAAGAUGUCAGGAAGAAGUACAGAUGCUUAAAAGGCUAGCAGAACCUUUGGUGAAGUUUUAUACUGAUAGUGAAGACAAAAGCAAUACUGAUAGUGAAGACAAAAGCAAUACUGAUAGUGAAGACAAAAGCAAUGCUUCUGUCACUCAAGAUCAGCAGAUAGUGAAUGAAAAUACUUCAGAUCAGUGUAAACCUAACUCUAAACCAACACUAUCUCCCCCAUAUUCUCGCCCUCCUGUUCUCCUCCAAAGAAGGAGAGACUCUCAGAGAGAGAUGCAAAACAUGAAAGACGAAAUAAAGCGGAGAACAAAUCUUGUUGUCCUAUAAGCUAAUAGAAAUCCCCAUUUAGUGACAAGAAAUAAGCCAAAGGACUCAAGGAAACCUGGAACCUCGUCCUGAACCCUCACUUAAAGUCUCUGCAGUCAACACGAGAAAACACGGUUGGUUCGCUGGAGUUUUUGACAAAUAAAAUUGCGCCCACAUUUUCAAAGUUAAACAUUUCUUUUAAUAACAGUAGUUUCUGCUUCAGCCCUCUCCCCCCUCCCUCUGCGCAGUGGCUGCAAACUCACUGAUGCGCCUGCAGCCUCUCAGAGUUCCUGCUGCUCUAAACAUUAAAAUAAUUAUUUCAUUUUCUGUUCUUAGGGUUGUCACAGUAAGCGGUAAGCCCUGGUAAAAAAAAGUUGACAAUAAUUAUAACCGUCUUGUUUAAAAAAAAUUAUCUUGGUGGGUUACCGUGGCUGCGGUGUGGGCGCGGUGACCCUUACCAGCCACCGUAUCAUCUGCUGAAGUUGCCGGUGUUGUGCCAUAAAUCGACUGGCUGCCAAAAAAUGAUUAGCCACCACGGGAUCGCGCACGUUUAGGGUAACUGCAUUUCUAGACAAAAUCACCCGGGAUUUCUCCUUAAAACUCGUCAUAUCUAGCAAUAUGGACAUUCAGAAAGCAGGGAUAACCUCGUUCGGUACUUUAACAGAUGUUUAUCAUGGAUGUUAGUUUUUCCAGUUCGGAAGUUGUUUUAAGUGUUGCUAUUUGUCUUAAACGUUCACAAUGAGGACUUAUUAAUCCUUUUUGCCAGGGGCGUCUCCAGGCUUUAUGAAACACCUGGGCUGAGCCCAGACCACAAGCGACAUUUCACUUAAGUAAAAACAAGUGUUAUAUAAUUUUAAGCACUGUAAUA